UCUGAGGAUUUGGCAUGUCGGCGAGUGUCUGUGCGGGCUUAGCUGCCUAUUAUUAUGCAAUGGAUUAGCAGGGCAGUGCUUUGCCACCGCAUUACAGAGCCAAUCUGCUUUCCCUUCACUGUCUUUUCGACUUCAAUUCUUCUUUGCACUUGUGUGUGUGUGUGCUACUAUUAAACACAACAGGGUUGAUACAGCUCCCAACCUGGCUGCAAGACCUAGGCGGCAGGCGACUGUGCUUUGAAUGAGCCCAAGGAAAAGUGCUGCUCGGAUCUAUUUUCUGCUUUCGCCUCCCAAGCUGUGGAGCUUUAUGCCAUCUAGAGUAUUGUGAGGGAUCAGUGCAGAUUGCUGCUCUCUCUGGUUGCCUUGUCUCUGGCUGUGUGCUGUUGUGUGUGUGUGCGUGCUCCUAUUCUGCAUUCAAGGCUGUCUGGCAUACAACUUGGAACCCCCCUAUAUGGCACAAUGCACAGGCUUUUUGGUCACUGGGCAGAAUCCAUAGCAUUAAAGGCUUUCUUCAAUUCCGCUCUCUAAUCCAGGAGCCAGAAGGAAAAGGAAACUGCUGGAUAUUUAUAUAUUUAUAUAUAUUAAUAUAUGUUCUGUGCUUUGGAUACAGUGUAACACACAAGGACACUCUGGGAUUCCAUCUGCUUGCGUUGGAUUGCAGUUUCCCCCUCUCCUAGUUGGGAGACAAGGACUGGAUCUUAUUUUGUGCACUAAAAACUCAAGACCCAUGUCUAUGAUACAGUAGCCUGGCACAACAGAGGAUAAAUGGCACUUCCAAGAGGGUGAAAAUGCAAGUUCGCAGACAAGAGCAAAGUCGCAGCUGCUCAGGAAGUGCUCAGUCAUUAAGGAGAGAGAGGAGAACUGUUUCCUGUUGUUGCUAAUGAGACAAUCUUUGAAGCCCUGUCAAGGUUCCUCCACAUGAAAAGUGAAUCAUCGAGCUCCUGAGUCUCAGACAAUGUGCCCCACUACUCUGGAAUAUACCCCCCAAUAAAACUAGGGUAUCUUUGUUUGACUUACAAUGGAAAAAAUCCUCUGCAGUCUUCUGGUGUUUGGAAUGGCAGUAAUGGUCAACUCGUGUCCGAAAUAUUGUGUGUGUCAAAACCUGUCAGAAUCAUUAGGCACCUUGUGUCCAUCAAAGGGACUACUUUUUGUACCAAUAGAUAUUGACAGAAGGACAGUUGAACUUCGACUGGGAGGGAAUUUCAUUAUAAGCAUCAAUCGGCAAGACUUUGCCAACAUGACCGGUCUUGUUGACCUGACGUUGUCUAGAAACACUAUUAGUUCGAUCCAGCCCUAUUCCUUUGUUGAUCUAGAGAGCCUUCGUUCUUUGCAUUUGGAUAGUAAUAGAAUGACAAGUCUUGGGGAUGAUAUAUUUAGAGGAUUAAUCAAUCUACAGCAUCUGAUUAUGAAUAAUAACCAACUAAGCAGCAUCGCAGAUGACGCUUUUGAGGACCUUUUACAAACCUUGGAAGAUUUGGAUCUUUCUUACAAUAACCUUAAGACUAUACCGUGGGAAGCAAUAAGGAGAAUGGUGAACGUACAUCAACUUAGUUUGGACCAUAAUCUGAUUUAUUAUAUAACGGAGGGUACAUUUCAGGAUCUUAACAAAUUGGCCAGACUAGAUCUGACUUCUAAUAGGCUGCAAAAACUACCUCCAGAUCCAAUUUUUGCAAGGUCACAGAGUUCAAUGACAUCUGCUACGCCAUUUUCACCUCCUUUAUCUCUUAGCUUUGGAGGUAAUCCGCUUCACUGUAAUUGUGAACUCUUGUGGCUAAGAAGGCUAGAUAGAGAAGAUGACAUGGAAACUUGUGCUUCUCCUUCGGCUCUUAAAGGAAGGUAUUUUUGGUAUGUUAGAGAAGAAGAGUUUGUAUGUGAACCACCUUUAAUCACUCAGUAUACUCAAAGGCUAUUGGUUCUGGAAGGACAAACUGCAUCAUUAAAAUGUAAAGCUGUUGGGGAUCCUUUACCGGUCAUACACUGGGUUGCUCCUGAUGGGAGACUCAUUGGAAAUUCCUCAAGGACGGCUGUGUAUGACAAUGGCACUUUAGAUAUUCUCAUCACCACUUCAAAGGAUUAUGGUACUUUUACCUGCAUUGCGGCCAAUGCAGCUGGUGAACUAACUGCACCUGUGGAGCUAUCAAUUGUCCAGAUACCGCAUGUCAGCAAUGGUACCGGACGAACAGCCCCUCCGAAGUCAAGGCUGUCAGACAUCACCAGUUCUACCAAAUCUAACAGAGGAGAAGUUAAAACACCACCAGAAAAAGCUAUUGUGGUGUCAGAAGUGACAUCUAGCACGGCUCUGGUUAAAUGGUCAGUGAGCAAGGCUGCCCCAAAAGUAAAAAUGUACCAGCUACAAUACAAUUGCUCAGAUGAUGAAGUUCUAAUAUACAGGAUGAUCCCUGCUUCAAACAAAGCCUUCGUCGUGAAUAACUUGGUAUCGGGGACUGCUUACGACCUCUGCGUCUUGGCUAUAUGGGAUGACACUGCAACAACGCUGACUGCAACAAACAUAGUGGGUUGUGCCCAGUUCUUCACACAAGAGGACUAUCAACAAUGCCAGUCCAUGCACAGCCAGUUCUUGGGGGGAACCAUGAUACUAGUAAUUGGAGGAAUCAUAGUUGCUACAUUGCUGGUCUUCAUUGUUAUAUUAAUGGUAAGAUAUAAAAUUUCCAACCAUUCCCAGGGGAAGAUGGCCAAUGUCACCAAUGUAUAUUCCCAGACUAAUGGAGGAAAUGCAGUGCAGAAUGGGGCCCCACCACAAACCAACCCAAAAGUGGUGGUGAGGAAUGAACUAAUGGAAUUCCAGUGUGGUUCUGCACACAGUAGUGUCUCAUCCUCUUCUGUUUCUGUGAAUAGUCCAGAUGGGGAUGAUUAUAGCCUACACAGUAAUGAAAGCACAUUGUCUAACAAAUGGAGACAUGUCUCCAGGUCUAAACAUAACAUUGAUAGACUAAUGGGAGCAUUUGCCUCCCUAGAACUGAGGUGUCAAAAAAAGGAGGACCCUGUGGACUCCAGGACUUCAACAACAGCCCAUCAGUCAGACAAAGAGCCUUUGCUGGGCCACCAUCAGUCCAAAGUCCGUAGCCUUCUCAUGUUACCUUUGGAGGGUAAAGCAAAACGUAGCCAUUCUUUUGAUAUGGGGGACUUUGCAAACACGCAGUGCUGUAGCUAUCCGCAAAAAAUUUCAAACAUUUGGACUAGGAGAAGCCUCUCAGUUAAUGGCAUGUUGUUACAAUACACCGAUAGUGAACUGGCAGGGAAUGCAACCAAAUUCACAUAUGACAGCACAGAAUGGGUGAUGGAAAGUACAGUGUAAAAUAGAGUAUUUUGGUUCCAAUAUUACCAUUCAAACUUGCUUUUCAAUAGCAAGCUUAGAGUACAAAAAAAUGUGAAAUGUAUCACUAGAUCUCUGAAACCAGAGAUGAGUAAAUACUACAAUCCACAGCAGGAGUUAUGACAGUUGUGAUAAGCACCGACAGUGGUUGACGGUUCUACUAAAGCAGAAAAGAAUCACAUGUGUAAGUCUAAGUGCUCCUUAUCAAAGAAAUCCAAGAAGAAAUGAUUGAAGAAGGCAUCUUAAUUCCAGCCCUUAAGUGCAACAGUUUGAAGAACUUUCACGACAUCAGCCAACUGAUGGAGGCAACCAUUCAACCCGGUCAACAUAAUUUGCGGGUGUACCAACUUUUAUUAUAUUUCUAGUUCAUCAUUUUCUUUUUCCUUCGUUUUUCCCAUCUAUUUUCGUUUAUUUAUUACUGUAUAUUUGAUAGAGUUGUUCAGAUAAUAUAAAAUCUACUUUUAAACAUAAAUACAGACACAAAGAUCCCUAGCUCAUGUAGUUAUAUUUUAUUUUAUAAACAUAGAUCUGUUAAGGGAGGUUUCAUUAGAAACCAAUAAGAAAGGAAGUUUAAUGGUUUCUAAUGGGUGUGAAGCUUCUAUGAGAUUUUAAAUGAAGAUGCUGAUAGGGUUAUCCAAAGAAAUGGCACAUUAGUUGUAUCAUCUGUUUUAUUAUUAAAGCAUUUUAUUAUGGAGGCAACAAUUUUGUAUUUAUUUCCCCAAGGAAUAAAAAUGAAAAGUGUGUGUUGAGGUUCCUCCUUUAUGCAGAACUAAAUACAGAGUGCUCAAAAUUUAAUCAGAUAUGACAAGAUAAAAUUGUCAUUCCAGAUGUCAGCAACACAAUCCAGCGUAUCGAGUGGGAGUAGCAGGAUUUCCCUGACGGCUUGCACUUCCUAGUUAGAAUAUAUCCCGGAGAAUACCAACGUUUUUUCGAAGGACUUUUAUGAAUAUUUGGUUGGACCAUCACCAUUCCCAUUAAUGACUUUACUGGGGGAAAAAAAUACUUUCAGCAGUUGCGGACUUCCAUUAGCUCUGUUUUCAACAAUUUAUCUGAUCAUUGGCAUUCUCAAGCAUUUUGUACAGAAAUUCUAACAAGGUGAAUAUAAUGUAUAAUUUUUUUUUAUCAUAAAUGAAAAAAAAAAAAAAAAUAAACAAACAAAGAAAAAAAGAAAUGAGAGCUAUAUUGUGACCUGGCUGUGUAACGAUCCUGUAUGGUCAUGUUUAAUACUUGGAGUUUUAGAGAAUUAUGUCCAUGUAAACAGAUUAUACAUUUUGCUACAAAGUGUACAGUAAACAAAAUUCUGCAAUGAAAACUGGUGUUUUUGUACUUACGUUUAAAAAAAAAAGUUUUAUUUUUUUGGCACUUGGAAGAGAAACCACUAUAGGAUUGGGGGUUACACUGCUUGUUUAAAACAAAAAAAAAUGUAUCUCUUUUCAUAAAUAAAGACUCGUUGUCAUUAAUGGUC